CAGUUGGUCUUGAAAACGUCAGGAAGGCUGCAGCAGCUGAAAUAGAUUCUAGAAAACAAAUCCACAAAUCAUUUUACACAAAUGUUCCUUGUGCAUACAUGGAAGAUACCGCACAUUUGGUUGCAAAUGUCAUUGGAUUUGAUUUCGACUAUGAGAAAGACGAUUACACAGUGAAGGUAUUUGAUAAAUUCCAGCCGGAAUCAAUUACUAUGUGCAAGUGUGUUCUAAAUGAUAGUGGGGCGCUUGAAAUCCGUAAGAUUGAACUGAAUAAUGUGCGUCACUUUGUGGCUGACAUAUCUUGCCUCUACAAGGAUCUAGACUUAAGGUUGAUGCUAGUUACAAAAAGGAGAAUUAAAUCCUUGGAUGAUGAAGAGAAUGAAGGCAUAAACAAGCUACUAAAGUCUGCUAUAAUAGAUCCAGAUGUGAGAGGGGGACUGAGAUGGCCUCUUGGUGAGGAACAUGUAGCAGAUAGGUUUAGCGUAGUUGGAGCCUGGUACACCAAAUUCAAAGUUUUCAAAAAUCAGUCAAUGAAGAUUAAGCUGAGAUAUGCUGAUCGAUUUGAUCACAGGACUUCAACAGGUGAAGUUUCUAGUGAAGUUGCAUUGAAACUGACUGAAAUAUCCAAGCACGUGAAGGAAGGGAACAUAGAGAUGGGCAGGGAGAUGGUUCAAGAUGCGGUCAAAUUGAUCUGGGAUCAUUUUCUAAGCUACAAUCAUUCCUCAACGUAGUCCUUGUGUUGUAAGCGCUUUGUUCAUAUAUGCUCCUUGUGAAUAGAAUUUGCUUUGAUGGUUGCAAUCAGAUGACCGAACCCGUGUCAGUUUUAAGCUUUGUUAUUGUUGUUUGAAUUUUGGAUGAACGGGUCUUUACUCUGAAGAAUGAAAAAUAAUAAUAAUGGGAGCUUGCUUUGAUGGUUGCAAUUA